AUGGUUGCUCUGGUCUCCAAGCACACACUGGCUCAUCCGGAAGAGCAAGUCGUUCGUGCCAACAUCAUCUCCGCCAACGAAAUGGACUGGCGAACACGGCGGCUGUUGACCCAUCCCUCUGCCCCUGCUCGCACCAGUUACAACUAUUCUCUCAAGAUCUUUGAGUUCUGA